AUGGCUAGUUCAGUGGGGCACACCUGUUUGAACUGUGGUGUAAGGAUGCCCAUGGAGGAUGGUCAUGACCAGUGUGUGCACUGCUUGGGACUGGACCAUGCACGCAUGGCCAGCCAGGACCCCGCAUUCUGCAUGAAUUGUUUCAUCCUGCCAGCUAGAGUGAGGGAGGCUAUGGCUCGAGUGUUUCCUGUCACACAUCCAGCCACUCUCACUGGGCCUACAAAACGGCCAAGAAGGGUGGUUUUGCAUGACCCGGUGGCACAAUCACCUCAUCCCUCUGGAGGGGGUGUCAGGGCACGAGUGGCGAUGCCUCCUCCUGCAGCUACGGUUGCAGCCCCACCUACUGUCCAGCACACUGCCCCCAUCUGGCAAGGGCAGGAAGAGCUACACCUGGUCUCCCCCAUGUCAGAUGCGUCUGAUGAAGGGGACAUUGACAUCUUGGGCAUUGACCCUGAGGACGAAGCCCUCCUCCCUGUUCAAGAGGGGGUGGAGUCUCAGCAUUUAGUGGGCGAGCAGGACAUCACCUCUCCUCUCUAUCACCAGCUUCUUGCUCGGGCCGCGGUGGCAUUGGGGGUUGACAUGCCAGCGGACCAAGGACAGAGGGCCUCCCGGUUUGAUGACGUGACUCCAACUCAGUCACAGUCUUUUUCAAUGCCUCUACUUCCUGAUGUGGAGGAUCUGGUAUUGAAACAGUUUGCCACACCAUCUGAAGCCCAUCGUUGGUCAGGUCUGUGCAGAAGGCUGGCAGGUGUGCAUGGUCGAGAGAGGAUUGGCUGUGGACCUCCUCCUCCCAUGGAUCAGGCUUUGGGGCCCUUGAUGUCCCCCACUAAGUCAGUCUUGGGGACACCGAGUUGCCCGAGCAGGAACACCAAGAUGAUGGAUGCCAUGCUCAAUAAGCUGCAUGGGGCUAUGGCCAUACAGGGCAGGUUGGUGAACACUGGGGCUAUUCUAGCCUUGUACCAACGCCAGCUGGCCGGCCAGUUAGGGGGAGACUCCAGCAUAACUGCGGAGGUGCAGCAGGUGUCAUCUCUUUUGGCCAAGUUGAUGAAGGAGCAGGCGGUGGCGACCGGUAGGGCCCUGGCCUCGCUCUGUAUGAUGCCAAGGCAAUGCUUCAGCAGGCUCAAGAAGCCCGCCAGUGUGCUAAGGAGAUGUCUGGUAUGCUCCGACGGGGCCGUGACCAGCAGGUUUCACCAGCCCCACAGCCAAGACCCCCUCAAUCAGGUUCUUCUGCUUCCAGUGAUCUACGGGUCCGGUUGGAGGCCAGCCGACGUGGUAGAGCUAGACGCGGUCAGCGGAGUAGGCAGGGCCGGGGCCAGGGGCCCCCCAAGCCGCCCACUUCUUCCUGACAAUUAUCGGCACCCUGUCUCCCCAUGCCACCUCCUAGGCCAGUGCAAACUGCCCUGGGAGACUCUUGGGGCAGACCCCUGGGUGGUUUCCACCAUGACUCAGGGUUAUCGACUGCAAUUUCUGCACCCUCCCCCUCUGACUCUGUCAGCCACCUUUACACUGGUGGCAGAUCCUCAGCGCAGGGAGGUGCUUGCAGCAGAGAUCUACACGCUUUUAGCGAAGGGAGCCAUCAGGGAAGUGACGCUGGACAAUCCUCAGGCGGGGUUUUACUCACGUUACUUCCUCAUUCCCAAGAAGGAUGGGAGACUGAGGCCAAUCUUGGAUUUGAGGGGAUUGAACAAGUUUUUGAGGCCCCUACGUUGCAAGAUGUUGACUGUGCCACGGGUUCGACAGGCCAUCCUCCAGGGCGACUGGUUUGCCACGAUAGACCUAGAGGAUGCGUAUUUUCAGAUCCCGAUAUGGGAAGGGCACAGACGUUAUCUCAGGUUCGCCUUCAACGGCAGAACCUUCGAGUUCUGUGUCCUCCCGUUUGGCAUAUCACUUGCCCCCCGCACGUUCACAAGGUGUAUGGACGCUGUACUGGGACCCUUGCGUCGGGAGGGUAUUCGCAUCCUCAAUUACUUGGACGACUGGCUGGUGUGUGCUCGCUCGGAGGGGCAGUGCCGCAGAGAUGUGACUCGUCUCCUGCAGCACUUAGAGUACCUAGGCCUGCACCUCAACAGGAAGAAGAGCAGGCUCCAGCCAUCACAGUCCACGGAGUUCCUAGGCAUGUGUUUGGAUGCCAGGGCAGGGACUCUUUCCUUGACUCCUGUGAGACAGGCCACCCUCAGGACUUGCCUGUCCCAGUUCCGGCUUGUGGCCAGAGUAUCCUGGAGGCUAUGUCUCCGCCUCUUAGGGUUAAUGGCAGCCACAGUGCAUGUCAUACCUCUGGCUCUUCUGAACAUGCGCCCGGUGCAGCGCUGCCUCCUGGGCCUUGGACUUUGCCCACGGAGGAAUCUGCAGACCAGCGUAUUGGUGACGCGCAGACUGUGUGUGGCUCUCCGUUGGUGGCAGCGGCCGGCCAACUUAGCACGUGGGAUGGCACUGGGGCCUGUGUUGCGUCGCCAGGUGGUAUCAUCAGACGCAUCCCUGGUAGGCUGGGGGGCUGUCCACGAAGGCAAGGGCGUCAGCGGCCUUUGGCACGGACCCUGGUUAGCGCAGCACAUAAAUCUGUUGGAGCUGCAGGCUAUCCAUCUGGCUCUUCUGCACUUCCUGCCAGUGCUGCAGGACCGCCAUGUGCUGAUGAGUACAGACAGUACAGUAGCGGCGGCAUAUAUCAACAGGCAAGGGGGUCUAGGUUCCCUUCGCCUAUGCAGAUUGGCUCGGAUAAUAUUGGAGUGGGCUCAUCCCCAGUUCAAGUCCCUGAGGGCCACAUACGUGCCAGGUCGGGAGAACCUUGCUGCAGAUCGGCUCUCCAGGGGAGGACCUCUCCCCGGAGAGUGGCGGCUACAUCCAGAGGUGGUGAGCGGAAUAUGGGAUCGCUACGGCACAGCCGUGGCAGAUCUUUUUGCAUCCAGGGAGAACACUCAUUGUCCCCUGUUUUUCUCCAUGGGGAGGGACGAUCCUCCCUUAGGGACAGAUGCAAUGGCACAUCAGUGGCCACUGGGCCUCCUGUAUGCCUUCCCUCCCUUCAUCCUCCUCCACCAACUCCUACAGAGAGUCCAGGUAGAGGAGGUGAGCCUCAUCCUGGUGGCCCCAAAUUGGCCCCAGAUGAUUUGGUUUGCAGAGAUUCCGCCCCUUCUUCAGGGCCAACCGUGGGAGCUUCCCAUUCGCCGAGACCUCCUGUCCCAGGCCGAGGGAACUCUUUUUCACCCUUUUCCCCAGGGCCUCAGGCUUUGGGCCUGGCCCCUGAGAGGGCCGAAUUUCUAGCCAUGGGAUUACCCCAGUCUGUGGUAGGCACGUUGCAGGGCGCCCGGGCUCCCUCUACCAGGGCUGCUUAUUCCUAUC